UCUGGCAGAAUCAGUUCAAAUUAUUUAGUGGUUCUUUCAGAAGACUUCCUUCAGUAGCCACACAAAUAGAAAAUGAAGAUCCUUUCCGUGGUGCUCAUCUCUGUGACUUUUUUUAUUACCGUCGCCCUGGGAUCGGAGGAAUCUUGUUAUCUCACUGAAGAGCAGGAGGACGACUGCGCGGCGGUCUGUCAUCCGAUCGUGAAGCCCCUCCUGAGGUACUUUGAGAAGAUUCAGGCCAAAGAAUUCCAAUUCCAAAAGGACUACUCAGAGUUGAAGAAAAAGAACACGGACUUGGAGAAAAAGGGUCAGGAACAUAAUGGCCAGAUAUCUCAGUUCCAGAAAAACUACUCCGAUUUGCAGAAAAAGUAUUCAGAUUUGCAGGAAAGCCAUUCGGAAUUGCAGAGAAGAGAACUGGAACUUAUAUCACAGCUGCAAAAGGAUAAAUCGGCCUUGCAAAAGGAUAUAUCGGACUUGCAAAAGGAUAUAUCGGACUUGCAAAAUAGGGUGAUUGAAGUCGAAAAUCUACAAGCUCAAAUAGAUUCAAAAAAUGUGGAGAUCAAAUUACUAAAAGAUCAAAUUAGUGAAUUAAAUAAAACAAAUGAACUUGCUACAAAAAUACUUCGCGACGACAUUGCCAAAUUGGGCGAAAUAGUAAAGAAUAUAAAUUCGGUUAAUAGAACAGCCAGUCCAUCACCAACCAGGACAGUCCAGCAACUACCUCCACCCUCCAAAGCCAAAAUGAAACUAGGAUCGUCCAAGAAAUCCAAAUUCCUGGUUCCGAUCCGUUUAAAGUAG